UUCUCGCAGGUUUUACCCAGUGGACUUUCAGUGCACAGCUUUUAACUAUAAAUUAAUAUAGUGUGAUUUUUAAAUACUUGUAUUGACACAUACUGUUAUUUUUGGUUUUGCUGCGUGAGCUUGAAUUCUUGCGCGCUGUGUGGGAAUGUGCGGAGUGGACAGAAACCGCUUCAGGGGGAGGGUGAUGUUAUUCAUUGAGCCAUCUUCCGUAAGUUUCGUGUUUUGGUUGAUUUAGUUCUCACGUAGACCCUCUUUUCUUUCUUCUCCUCCUCCUCUUUCUCCGCCUUUCUUCAGCUAAACUCCGCCUCGGAAUACCGCUGCACACCUGGGGGUAACGGCUGCAGGUAAAAGUGUGACGGCGGGGGAGCCUCGGUGUGCGUUUGGUCGGCGUGCCAAGAAGACGCGGUGCGGUCCGAGGGUGAGGAGGUGGAUGAGGAGGGUUUAGUUGCGACUCUCAGAGGCACUAUGGGUGAGGCACCGGUCAGAGAAGAUAGUACAGUGACACGAUCAGCAGAGUAUGUAGGCUCAUUUCCUGUGGAUGACAACUGUUUGGAUGACCAGAUUAAGCAGCUGCACACACAGUUGAAGUCCCUUAAAGCAUGCAAGACAAGACGGCCAGUGUCCCUAAAGUUUUCCAUUAAAGGUGUGAAAAUGUAUAACGAGGAUGAAACGAUCCUCCUGAUGGCCCACGCUCUGCGGAGAAUCUCUCUUUCCACGGCCCGACCCGUCGAUUCACAGUUUGCCUUUGUCGCUCAUAACCCAGGCUGCCCAGACACCCAGCUCUACUGCCAUGUCUUUAAAGCAAGGCACGCCAGAGCAGCCCAGUUCCUGAACCUGCUGCUGUGCCGCUGCUUCCAGCUGUCGUACUUGGAGAAGCAUCCAGAAGAGGCCCAGAUAGACUCUGCUGGCUCACUGCCUCAUCGCAAGCCUGCCCAGUUCCUGAACCUGCUGCUGUGCCGCUGCUUCCAGCUGUCGUACUUGGAGAAGCAUCCAGAAGAGGCCCAGAUAGACUCUGCUGGCUCACUGCCUCAUCGCAAGCCUUCAUUGCUCAAUCACGGCUUUCCUCUUAGUGUCAGCGCCCUGGUUUCAUUCAGAAGAGCUCCUUUUGGUGGAUUAUUACCUGGCACUAAGAAAACUCCAAAGUCUUCAGAUGACCAACAAAGCAGCCAAGAGGAGGUCUUUCCCAUCUCCUCUCCCUCCCUGAUGCGCAAGAAAGUCAUACGCACCAAAGUGCUGCGCUCUGGUGCUUACCGCUCCUUCACUUUCACGCCACGCAAACAGCGCAGCAUUCAGGAUCAACUGAGUGUAACUCAAGAAAAGGAUCUCGACAAGUUGCCAGCGAGGCAAUCCCGAGCUCCAAGCUUGUCUGAAACAGAAGAGGCACUAGCUCAGGCAGUGUGGUGUUGGGCUGGUAUCGCAACUGAGAGCAGCUAUUCACUGCUUGCAGAUGAUGUUCUGGGAUCCUACCUUUUGUGCCAACAUCCAAAAACCCCUAAAUCUGGCUCUCUAAUCAUUCGCUUCUCCUCUGGCCCGAUCACCCACCUUAUUGAAAACACC